UGCUGAGGUAAGGGCGGAACCAUUCUCUCCAGCCACUGGUCCCGCCCGGAACGGAAGCGGCUGUGCUCUCACCGGAAGUGUCGCUAAGCGGAGCCUGAAGCCGGGAGUUGCCACGUCUGAGAAGAGGAGAGCCGCCAGCAUGGUAUCUGUAAUAAACACCGUGGACACCUCACACGAGGAUAUGAUUCAUGAUGCGCAGAUGGAUUAUUAUGGGACGCGCCUGGCCACAUGCUCCUCCGACAGAUCGGUUAAGAUCUUUGACGUGAAGAAUGGAGGACAGAUCCUAAUCGCUGAUCUGCGGGGACAUGAAGGUCCAGUCUGGCAGGUGGCCUGGGCUCACCCGAUGUACGGAAACAUCCUGGCGUCCUGCUCUUACGACAGAAAGGUCGUCAUAUGGAAAGAGGAAAAUGGCACCUGGGAGAAGACGUACGAAUACACCGGGCACGAUUCGUCAGUGAACUCUGUGUGUUGGGCCCCCCAUGACUUUGGAUUGUUGUUGGCUUGCGGCAGUUCAGAUGGCGCCAUAUCCCUCCUCACCUAUACAGGGGACGGCCCCUGGGAUGUCAAAAAGAUCACCAAUGCACACACGAUCGGGUGUAAUGCUGUGAGCUGGGCUCCCUCUGUGGUCCCUGGCAGUCUGGUGGAUCAGCCGUCUGGACCGAGGCCCAAUUACAUCAAGAGGUUUGUCUCUGGGGGCUGCGACAAUCUGGUAAAGAUCUGGAGGGAAGAGGACGGUCAGUGGAAGGAGGAUCAGAAACUGGAAGCACACAGUGAUUGGGUACGGGAUGUGGCCUGGGCUCCCUCUAUUGGUCUUCCCACAAGCACAAUCGCCAGCUGCUCUCAGGACGGAAGAGUUUACAUCUGGACUUGUGACGAUCCCGCCACCAACAGCUGGAACCCCAAAUUGCUGCACAAAUUCAAUGAUGUCGUCUGGCACGUGAGCUGGUCCAUCACCGCCAAUAUCCUGGCUGUGUCUGGAGGAGAUAACAAGGUGACUCUGUGGAAGGAGUCCGCGGACGGCCUAUGGGCUUGCAUCAGUGACGUUAACAAGGGACAAGGCGCAGUGUCCGCCGUGACAGAGGGCCAGCAGAACGAGCAGUGAUGUGUCGGUUCAUCUGGAUGAUCAGUUUCUACUACGAGACCCCCUCCCCUUGGGCUGAUUUUAUCAGAGAGUCUGAAUCCCACCAGGACAAGUUGCACAUACUUCUUUAUUACCGCCUGCCCUGUCAUAUUGAACUGCAGCGCCCUCAUGUGGCCUCCUAAAGAAAUACAGGACUUUACUUCCAAAGCAGUUUUUUUGUUUGUUUUUUCAGAACGUGCUGCUUCCAGGGCAAUUAAAA